AUGAAGUUGGAUGACGCCUUGUGGACGUAUCGCACAGCGUAUAAAACCCCCAUCAGAGCUUCUCCUUACAGGUUAGUUUACAUGAAGGCAUGCCAUCUGCCGGUUGAGUUAAAGCAUAAAGCAUAUUGGGCAAUCAAAAAACUCAAUCUUGAUAUAAACCUAGCUGGAGAGAAGAGGUUGCUCCAAUUGCACGAGCUUGAUGAAUUCAGAUUGGGGGCGUAUGAGAACGCAAAGUUAUACAAGGAGAAGACGAAGAGAUGGAGCGACAAGCAUAUUCAACAUCGUGAAUUCGUGCGAGGGCAGCAGGUACUACUCUUCAACUUUAGGCUGCGGUUGUUUCCAGGAAAGCUUAAGUCUCGAUGGUCUGAACCGUUUGUAGUGACGAGAAUCACACCCCGUGGUGCUGUGGAAAUACAAACUAUGGAUGGGGUGCGCAAGUUCUUGGUAAAUGGACAGCGUCUCAAGCGAUAUUGGGGUGCUGCUUUUGAUAAGGAGAAGGAGCAAGUGCUCCUUGAUGAUGAAUAG